GAUCCAGCAAUAAAGCUUUUUGGAAGAGAUAUUCAUAUUCAUAUUCCCAUUAAGCCUACAGAUUCACACUCUCUGAUUCAGAUUCAGCCUCUGCCUCAACCAAUCAACAUGAAUGGACUUGAAGAAUCAACUAAUGCUGAAGUGGAUGUUCCUAUGAAGGAAGUAUCAGGCAAAGAGACUGAUCCUCAAGAAGAUGCUAAUAAAUGUCCUACUGUGAAACUGGUGGCCAAAGUAGUACAUAGAACUAAUGAAGACAUGACUACUAAAAGAGAAGUGGAUCAUGAAGAAAAAGUUUUCAAGAAGCCAGACAAGGUCCUGCCAUGUCCUCGCUGCAAUAGUUUGGAAACAAAGUUUUGCUAUUUCAACAAUUACAAUGUUAACCAACCUAGACAUUUCUGCAAAAAUUGCCAGAGAUAUUGGACAGCUGGGGGAACAAUUAGAAAUGUUCCUGUUGGUGCUGGUAAGCGCAAAAGUAAGCAUUUACCUGUGACCCCUAAUGCAGUAUCUGAUAUGCAUCUCUUAUCUAUGACUUCAAGACCUGUUAAUGGAAUGGAGAACAUCCCUAGUCUCAAUGAGGAAGCUCCUCUUAGUGAAACCCUUGAAACUAUGUUAAAUCUCAAGGACCAGACAAAAAUUGAAGUGGACUCUUCUACUGUCAAUGAUGAUGAUGAGGAGCAUUCCAGCACUUCUAUGAGAUCUGUUGAAUCCUUGGAGAAGGUUGGUUUGUCACAACACUGCAAUGGUUUAAUUCCUUUAAAUUCAGUUCAAUAUUAUCCUGUUCCUCCAUGGGCUUACCAAUGGAAUCCAUGUUGGAAUGCUAUGAUGUUUAGCCCCAGUAGCAUAACUAAUAGCCCUUCUUACAUGGGUUCUGCAACCAUGAUGGCAGUUCCUGGCUUCUCCACACCAACUGUAGAAUUACCAGUGUCACCUGCUUCAUAUUGGGGUUGCAUGCCAAACUGGGCUGGGCAAAAUGAAGAGUCUUCAUUGGUUGGAUCUUCUACAAUUAGUGGCAUCCUAUCACCUUCAUCUUCAGUUAGCAACUGUGCCAGUUCUGGUAAUAGGUCUCCAACCUUAGGAAAACAUUCUAGAGAUGGAAGUACACCAGCAGAAGAUACAGUGAAACAGAAUCUUUGGGUACCUAAGACUGUAAGAAUUAAUGAUCCAGAAGAGGCUGCAAAGAGUUCUAUAUGGUCAACUUUGGGAACAAAGUCUGAACAGAACAAACCCAUUAUGAAAGGAAGUGUUUUUAAAUCAUUUGAACCUAAGUCAAAUGCAAGUUCUCAUAUUUUAGAUGAUAAUCAAAUUCUAAGGGCAAACCCUGCUGCUUUCUCUCGGUCUGAAUCUUUUCAGGAAAACAUGUAAAAUCCUGUAUUUGAUUCCAGUUUUAUGUUGUCAUCAACUUAACCAUGUCAUAUUGGCAUUUGUUGUUGGAUGAGGCACAGAGGAUUUCUUCAAAUCCAACUUUGUCAUGGCCAAUUUCAUGUGUUAAUGCUUCAGAAGAUAGCCAUGACAACAACCUUCAAUGAAUUUUAGGCUAUAUCUUAUCUGAUCAGUAAGAAUCUGAAUCUUGUGCCAAUAAUUGCUUCAUGGUAAAAUGAGACUUUUGCACCUCAAGUUUAUUACCAUGGAGAAAGAGAGUCAUGGCUGUUAAUGAAAUUCUGACUUUAAGGGAUGGUAUUCAGGCUUCAAAGCAGUUGCAAUCAAGAUGUUACUCCUUUUGAGUUGUUUCUUUGGUUCAUUCAGUCUUCAUCUGUUUCAUCAUUUUCCAGUCAAUCUUAGGUGAGGAGUUUACAUGUGUCAUUGAUUACUUUGUGUGCUGUUUUUCAGAGUUUUCUAGGUAUUUAUUUUAUUGUUUUCUUUUUCUUUUUCAUAAAGAU